AUCCCAAAAUAUAUGCCUUGCAAAAUUUGACUCGAAUCCCCCUGUGCUCUCUUUUUCUUUCUCCACCAACACUUAUAAAUAAUCUCUGUGUUUCUCUCUAGUGUGUGUACUAGUUGUGGUUCUUCUCCAUGGCUGUGGAGCUCAUGAUGGGUUUGGUUGACAGCUUUGCAGCUAAAAUGGAAGAGAAUGACGUCAAGGAAGCAGCCUCCGCUGGGAUACAGAGCGUCGAGAAAUUCAUAAGCUUAAUGUCUUCUUCUUCAGCCUCUGAAAGUGCUUCUUUAGAGUACAAAGCAGUUGCGGACAUGGCCGUCGAUAAGUUCAGGAAGGUCAUUUCUUUGUUGGAUAGAGGAAGAACCGGUCACGCUCGUUUUCGAAGAGGUCCUGUAAAUACUACCACUACAGCUACUGUUUCUUCUAGUCUACCACAACAAGCACCACAAGUUUUAACCAGAGAAACAGGGCAGCCUUCAUUUCGGUGUCAAGAUGCUACAAAUUUGAAGACAGAGCAAUCCCAAUCCUCAUCUGCUUUCAAAGUUUAUUGUCCCAAGCCGGUUCUGCGGUUACCGCCUCUGCCAAAGAGUGGUACUAGUUUCAGUUUCACGGCUUCGCCGGCGGUUUCGGGUUCGAAUUCUUUUAUGUCCGGCGACGGCGAGACUACUACUACCCUGCAACACUCGAUGUCGUCCGGGUUUCAAUUGACGAACAUGUCAAACAUGUCAGUGUCGUCUGCUGGUAAGCCUCCUCUUCCUUCUUCUUCGUUCAAGAGGAAGUGUAAUUCUGUGGAUGAUUCGACGGCUAUGAGAUGUGGCUCGUCUUCUUCAAGAUGCCACUGUUCCAAGAAAAGGAAAUCAAGAGUGAAGAGAGUGACGAGAAUCCCUGCUAUCAGUACGAAAAUGGCUGACAUCCCAGCUGAUGAGUAUUCUUGGCGGAAGUACGGCCAAAAACCAAUCAAGGGUUCCCCUCAUCCAAGAGGGUAUUACAAAUGCAGCAGCCAAAGAGGGUGCCCAGCGCGAAAACACGUAGAGAGAGCUGUAGACGAUCCGAGCAUGCUGAUCGUGACCUACGAAGGCGAUCACAAUCACUCCCAAGCUGUCACGGAGGCAAUGGCAGCCAUCGUCCUCGAAUCGUCCUAGUCAACUCAUCGAGCGGCCAAAACGGCCCCCAACCACAAUUCUUCGUCUUUAUCAAAGUUAAAGUUUGGGCACAGAGAGUCAACUCUCACAGUCUCCAAGAGGAUUAGUGGGUUCAUAUUUUUAUUUUUCCUUUAUGGGUUUAUAUUCUUAUUCUUUCUUAUGAUCUAGAGAAAAAAAUUAUAUAGGAUUAGGGAUUAGGGAAGAUGAUGGAUUUGGUGCAAGGUCAAUGAAUCAAAGCUAACUAAUGGCUUUUAUUUAUUAAUUUGUUUAUGCUUUUGCACUUAUUUGAUAUAUGAUUGUGGAGUUGCUGACUAUUCCCACUCUUGCUUGCUUGUUAGUUGUUCUAAUUCCC